AUGAAGCAAACAGUGCUGGUCAUGCAGGACCAGCCCCUUUGAUUUCUGGGCUUACAACUAUAUGAAGUAAAAAGCUCCCCCCACAAGUGGAAAAUGGUACAGCCUCAUGUAGGUGGGUGUGAUGGGGACCAUCUAUUUCUAGGGUUGGUCUGUGCAACCCAAAGGUGCUGAAAAAGCGGAGUGACAAGGGACCUGGCUCACAGUGGGAGACCUGCGUUGCAAGCCUGGUUUCCCUGACAUGACACCAGGGGAAAUGGAGAUGGUGGAAGUGUUCACUUCAGAAGGCAAAGGCAGGGGGUUGAAAGCAGUCAAGGAAUUCUGGGCUGGGGAUGUCAUCUUCGCGGAGCCAGCCUACGCUGCGGUGGUUUUUGACAGCCUUACGCAUCUGGUCUGCCACACCUGCUUUAAAAGGCAGGAGAAGCUCCACCGCUGUGGUCAGUGUAAGUUUGCCCACUACUGUGAUCGAACCUGCCAGAAGGAUGCCUGGCUUAACCACAAACAUGAAUGCUCUGCCAUCAAGGCGCAUGGGAAAGCGCCCAACGAAAACAUCAGGCUGGCAGCCCGCAUCAUGUGGAGGAUAGAGCGAGAGGGAGGUGGCCUUACUGAGGGCUGCUUGGUCUCCAUCGACGACUUGCAGAACCACGUGGAGAACUUUGGAGAAGAGGAGAAGAAAGAGCUGAGAGCCGAUGUGGAGAGUUUCCUCAACUUCUGGCCCCCCCAGAGCCAGCAGUUUGGCAUGCAGUACAUCUCUCAUAUAUUCGGAGUGAUAAACUGCAAUGGCUUCACCCUGAGUGACCAAAGGGGACUGCAGGCUGUCGGCGUGGGCGUCUUCCCCAAUCUCUGCCUGGUGAACCAUGACUGCUGGCCUAACUGCACCGUCAUAUUCAACAACGGCAAAAUCGAGCUGCGUGCGCUGGGUAAGAUCUCACCUGGGGAAGAGCUGACUGUCUCCUAUGUCGAUUUCCUCAACGUCAGCGAAGAGCGGCGGAAGCAGCUGCAGAAGCAGUACUAUUUUGACUGCACGUGUGAGCACUGCCAGAAAGGGAUCAAAGAUGAUCUGAUGCUGGCUGUAAAAGAAGGUGAAAACAAGCCUGACUUCAGGGUAAACAGUGAGGUGGCAAAAUUUGCAGAUGAUACAAAACUAUUCAAGAUAUUUAAGGCUAUGAAACAGGGAUGGGACCAAGUUGUGAAGCUCUGUCGUGAGUGUCUGAAGAAACAAGAGCCCGUACUGGGAGACACUAACAUCUACCUGCUGAAAAUCCUGAGCAUCGCUUCGGAAGUGCUCUCCUACCUCCAGAUGUUCGAGGAAGCAUCAGGCUAUGCAAAGAGGAUGGUUGAUGGUUACAUGAAAAUAUACCAUCCCAACAAUGCGCAGUUAGGGAUGGCCGUGAUGCGGGCCGGGGUGACCCACUGGCAUGCCAGUCUCAUUGAAUCAGGGCAUGGCAUGAUCUGCAAAGCCUAUGCUAUUCUUCUGGUGACCCAUGGACCUACCCACCCAAUCACCAAAGACCUGGAGGUCAUGCGUGUCCAGUCAGAGAUGGAGCUGCGCAUGUUCCAACAGAAUGAGUUCAUGUAUUACAAAAUGAGAGAAGCAGCCCUGAAGAACCAGAAGAUCCAAGUUAUGGCUGAGCCCACCAAUGAAGCACCAUCAGGCCUCUUCCACACGAAGCAGUAACCCCAUAGCUUCCAGUUAUCUGUAUUCCUGCACAUCUGGUAGAACAUCAACCCUUUUCUUCCAAAUCUGAAGAGGUUAUUUGUAAUGAGCACAAUGCCAUCUAACUAAGAACACAUAGAUCUCUUGAGAGUGGCUCUUGACAAGUAUUCUUCCAGGAGCUCAGGGCACCAGCUAAGAAAUAUUUCACAGGAAAUAGAUCCUGUUUCCACAAAUAAUAAAAGGGUCAUUAUAGCAUCGCUUCCACAAUAAUUCAUUUUAGGGCUAGUUCUCUUCAUAUAAGGCCAAAUCCUGAAGUCCCUCACUUAGACUUUCAAUCAGUUCUUUCUCAAGCAAAACUCCCAUUGGAGUCAGCAGGUGCUUGCCUAAGUGAGGAUGGGGAUAGAACCCAGUAAAAAUGAGGAUGGACUACAGGGUUCGGCCCAAAGGGAGUCUUGUCUGUGUGAGGAUUGAGUGAAAACUGAGGAAAGCUAUUAGGAUUUGGCACUGAGGAAGUUUUAAGUAAAGACACUUUUCCUGCCAUUUUUCUAUAGUUCAAAAACAAUUUUGUAGUGUAGGAACUAACCUGCCGAAUGGAGCAGACUUUAGGCAGUACUAUGACCAGUAUGGAGAUUAAUUAGAGAUCCUACCUUAGGUAGAAGAAUUUAGGUACCAUUAAGGCCGUAUAAACUAGGGUGGCUGACACUGGCCUGCCAAGUAAAAAGUGCAUAGACAAUGGUUUAAAUCUCAGCAUGGAUGAAGUCAAAACAGGUUAGGACGGUGAUCAGAAAUAGGGCUCUAGUGUAGGCCCAAACCAGUGUCCAAAAAAGAUUGAAACAGAAUGGUUAGCUUCCAUCACACCAACCAACGGGGCAAGGAGUGGCGGGGAAGCACUGCUUCCCUCGGCCACAAUGUGGGAGCUCCCGUCUACUGUUAGUGGAGGAGGGGGAGAUGUCCUCCUCACUGCUCCUACUUACUUUAGUCCCCAGUCCUAACCUGGGCUGGAGCACUGUCGGCGUUCUAAUGUGCUUUGGCCCCAUUCGUGCUGGCUGACCAAACUGUGUCGUGCUUAUUCUGUUUCAAUACAACAACCAUGCUUAA